CGCUUGAGUGGCCCGGGUGGGGGACCUGGAAGUUUUAGCCUAGCUGGUCUGGAGGCGGAAUAACUAGCCAAAGAAACGUUGUAUUCAUGCUUAGGUGGAGAAAAGCAGGGAUAGAAUUGGAACCCAAAGCCCAGAAUGGCAAGAGAGGAUGUGGGGGCUCCACCCGAUCAUCUCUGGGUUCACCAAGAGGGUAUCUACCGAGACGAAUACCAACGCACAUGGGUGGCUGUCGUGGAAGAGGAGACGAGUUUCCUAAGGGCACGAGUCCAGCAAGUUCAGGUUCCUUUAGGUGACCCAGCUAGGCCAAGUCAUCUUGUUACCUCCCAACUACCUCUCAUGUGGCAACUCUACCCAGAGGAGCGCUACAUGGAUAACAACUCUCGCUUGUGGCAAAUACAGCAUCAUUUAAUGGUCAGGGGAGUACAGGAACUGUUGCUUAAGCUUUUGCCUGAUGAUUAACCUGGUGCUGUGAUUCUAGGAAGAUAUGCUCCUCUGUUCAAUUCAUUAAAUGGCAAUCACUUCAUCCACCACUGCAGUGCACCCACUCUUGGGCCUG